AUGGAUCUAAAGACAGCAGUGUUCAAUGCAGCUCGUGAUGGCAAGCUGCAGCUCCUUUCCAAGUUACUGGCAAGCAAAACUAGAGAAGAGGUGGCCUUACUAAUGUCAGAAAAAACCAAUGGUGCCACACCACUUUUGAUGGCAGCCCGUUAUGGGCAUGUUGACGUGGUGCAAUACCUGUUGGACUAUUGCUCUGCUUCUAUAGAAAUUGGCGGUUCGGUUAAUUUUGAUGGUGAGACCAUUGAGGGAGCUCCACCAUUAUGGGCAGCAUCAGCUGCUGGCCACUUGAAGGUGGUUCAGUGUCUGUUAGAUCAUGGUGCAUCUGUCAACAACACAACUCUAACAAAUUCAACUCCGCUUAGAGCUGCCUGUUUUGAUGGUCACCUGGAAAUAGUAAAAUGUCUUGUGGAGCACAAAGCAGACUUGGAAGUAUCAAACCGUCAUGGGCAUACGUGCUUGAUGAUCUCAUGUUACAAAGGCCACAAAGAAAUCGCUCAGUAUUUACUUGAAAAAGGAGCUGAUGUUAACAGAAAAAGUGUUAAAG